AUGUGGCAGUUCGCCGUGGUCCUAGCCGCCUGCGCAGUGGGGCUCGUCUCCGGAGAAGCGGGCUUCACGGCGGCACUCCCGGGCGCUGCGGACAAGCUCCCCGUCCGUCGCACCCUCAACAAGCGGCCGUCGCUGGAGCCCUCGGGCAUUCCGGACAUGCGCAGCGUGAUUGAGAGCUUCCAGAUCAACGAGAACCGGAUCAUCCGCACCGAGGACUCGCGACGCAUGGGUGCCCGCUACCUGAACGAGACUCAGAUGGGUUCGAACCGCGACUGCCUGUUCUGGUGUUGGCAGACCAGCAGCUGUAACGUCGCCGUGUUCGAGGAAAAGGGCAAGGGCAGCUGCUACCUGUUCGACUGUGGGCCGCCGUCACGUUUCGUCUGCUUGUUCACCGCACACCGCUUCUACACGGUGUCUGUGCUGGCGGCGGUGGGUGGCCGCGACCUUGACCCCGGCUCCUGGGGCUCUCACCACGAGGACGAGCUCACGCAGCUGCGCCAACAGUUGAGGGCACCGACGGUGGCACCCCAGACCCCAGAGACGACCCAGGCACCACCAGCCACUAGUCCUGCUGCAUUCGCUGUCCCAGCCAGCACCCUCCCAGAUGCGCAGCCAGAGCCCCGCUGCCGCCACUACCAGUUCCAGUGCCAGAACUCGAGCGAAUGCAUCGCCGUGUACAACGUCUGCGACGGAAUCCCGCAGUGUCCUGACGGAAGCGACGAGGCAGCAGACCUCAAGUGUCCCCACGCAGGGACGGCCGAGGCGAGCAAUGUGCCGAGCGCCCCGACCACCGUGGCGCCUAGGACGCCGCCGGAUCAGCGGGGCACCACCCCGGCCGUCCCCACAAGGCACGGAGCCCCUCCGCAGCAGGACCUAGUGGACGACCAGGUCCCCGGGGGACCCCCCGCGGACAUCGGCCCCCAGGGGAGGGCCCCGAUGGCCCCGCCGUCCCGCCUGCGCUGGAGCGAGGAGGGUGCCCGGCUGGGGCGUCCCGAGUACAGCCACUACGAGGACCCCUUCCCCGCGGCGGGGGACCAGGCCAAGUACUACGACUACGGCGGGUACCCGGAGGGUUCCCGCUACUGGGUCGGCGACCCCGACGCGCAGGCAUACCCACUGCUCACCGAGGGAAUGUUGCAACCGCAGAGUUUCAGACCCCACAAGACAGGGCCCCGCAUGAGCCUGCAACAGCAGCAGGAGAUGCAGCGGCAGCACAGACAGCGGCAGCUCAAACAGCUUCAGCAGGAACUUCAGCUUCAGAAGCAGCAGGCACCCCCAAACCACAUGCAGGGCUACCCAACAAACCAGUGGAAGAUGAUGCACAGGCCCCCGCCGAUGGCCGUGGAUCAGCAGGAGGGCCAGGCGGGGCAGGCGCCCUAUGGGUCCCCGCCCCUGCUGUACGAGCGCCAGCCCCAGACCGCCCAGAUGGGGUCGCAGCCGCAGGUGCUGGACGCCGAGGGCCCCGUUGGAGGUCGGCCCGGCCGGCUGCCUGAGGAACCCAAGCAGGCCCAGGGGCACAUCGUGAUGCCUGCCAAGCCCCAGACACCGGAAGACGACAACCUGUACCAGCCCAUAGUAGAGGUGGCGCCCCCUCCGGUGAUUCCGGCACAGCACCAGGAUUCCACCAAGCAGGCCUCAAAGCAGCAACCCUCGAGUGAGUGGUAG